UUACAUCCUUUCGCAGUCAGUAGACAUUAAAGGUGUUUAGGAUGGUCAGAACGGGCACUUUAGUCUCUCUGCUCCAGCUCUUUAGCACCCUGGCUCCCAGAGGAGCAUUGUCUCAGGAUACCCUCUACCCCUUUGGACCAUCUCACAGGGAUUUAGAAACCCCCAAGAUGGAUGAUGGCAGUUCUCUGGAGAUCCCAUUGCUAAUUCCCUUCAUAUUCUUCAGUGUGCCCUAUAGAUCCCUUUAUGUCAAUAACAACGGAGUGAUCUCCUUCAAUGUUCAGGUUAGUCAGUUCACACCCGAGGCUUUCCCGCUCAGUGACAGCCGGUCCUUCAUUGCCCCCUUAUGGGGUGAUGUGCAUAACGGCAUCCGUGGCGAUGUAUACUAUCGCGAGUCCACGGAACAAGAGAUCCUGGAGAGGGCCACUCAGGACGUCCGGAAGUAUUUCAAGAUUAUGGUGUCCUUCACCGCCACCUGGGUCUUUAUCGCUACCUGGACUCAGGUCACAUUUUACGGAGGCAGCCAGACGACGCCGGUAAAUACAUUUCAGGCAGUGUUGAUCUCUGAUGGCCAUUCUUGUUUCGCUAUGUUUAACUAUGGAGAGAUCAACUGGACCACAGGAACGGCUAGCGGAGGAGACCCUCUUACAGGCCUGGGAGGAACCUCAGCGCAGGCAGGUUUCAACGGUGGAGACGUCAGCCAUUUCUUUAACCUUCCCGGAUCACGCUCGAAUGAAAUUGUCAACAUUGAACUGACCACUAACGUCAACGUCCCCGGACGGUGGUUCUUCCGUAUUGACACGGACCAGAUAGACCCCGCAAAUGGCUGCAGCUACAAUGGGCGCUUCUACCGUCGCGGGGAAGUGUUCUGGCUGUCAGACCAGUGCACUCAGCGAUGUAGGUGUCUUGAUUUGGAUAACGAGGUGACCUGCCAGCACUCUCCAUGUGGUCAGUUAGAGACCUGUGAACAGGUGGAGGGGGCUUACCACUGCCAGCCCACCCGUACCAGCACCUGUGUGGUGUUUGGAGACCCCCACUACCACACAUUCGAUGGAUUUCUUUAUCACUUCCAGGGUACCUGCUCGUAUCUGUUGGCUCGCCCAUGCUGGGAAACACCCGGUUUGCCUUUCUUCAGUGUGGAGGCCAAAAAUGAGAACCGUGGCGUGACUACGGUAUCCUGGCUGCGUGACGUGACGGUGGAGGUGUAUAACCACCGUGUCACACUACCCAAAGGAACUCUGGGAACUGUACAGGUGGACGGCCUAAUAAAGACUCUCCCGGUUCAGCUUCAACUCGGUGCAGUCAGAGUGUACCAAUCUGGCGUCGCCGUAGCUUUGGAAACCGAUUUUGGACUCUUGGUGACAUAUGACGGAUUGCACUACGCCUCUAUCUCCCUCCCCAGCUCCUAUUUUAACAACACUUGUGGCUUAUGUGGCAACUACAACGAUGACCCGGCUGACGACCCUGUGUUGCCAGAUGGCUCUUUGGCAGAGAGCGUAGUGGAACUGGGCGGUAGCUGGCGAGCGGAAGACACUGAUUUUCGUUGUACGGAUGGCUGCGCCCAGAACUGUAGCAUGUGUGAGCCAGCAGCUGAAGCGUUUUACUUUCGUCCAGACUACUGUGGAUUGAUCAAUAAAACCGAUGGGCCGUUCAGGGACUGCAGGGCUGUGGUAGACCCCACGGCAUUUGUGUACAGCUGCGUUUAUGACAUGUGCAGUAAUCGUGAUAACAUCACCACCCUAUGCCAGGCUAUACAGGCAUAUGUGCUGGCAUGCCAGGCCCUGGGAGUCACUAUACGACCAUGGAGAUCACGCUCCUUCUGCGCAUUGACGUGCCCUGAGAACAGCCACUACCAGGUCUGCACCAGUUCGUGCCCUCCCUCCUGCUCUGACGUAACGGCUCACCUCUACUGCACCCAUCCAUGUACAGAGGGCUGCCAGUGUGACCAGGGAUACGUGCUGAGUGGCAGCCGCUGCGUUCGCCGCUCAGAGUGCGGAUGUGAACGUGACGGCCUCUACUACGCCUUAAAUGAGACCUUCUGGGUGGGAGAGGGGGGUGAAGAAUGCUCCCAGCGUUGUGUAUGUGGACUGGCGGGUGAAGUAAAGUGUUACAAUGACUCUUGCAGUGAAGGCGAGGUGUGUAUGGCAGAAGUCGGGUUGUUGGGGUGUUACCCUCGCCGGGAAGCGGUCUGCUCGCUGUCUCAGACUCAAAUACUGGCCACGUUUGAUGGGUCCACAAUUCCGUUUCCAGAUGAAAGCUCAUUCUAUCUGGUGAAGACUUUGGGGCGCUUGCCUGCGAACGUUACAUCAGUGGAGGUGAAGAUUGGAAGGAAGUUGGUGAAUAAGGGCCCUAGGUGGCUGCGGCCAGUGGUGGUUAGGGUGGCACAUUUGGAAGCACAGAUUGGUGGCUCGGAUUUAGACGUGAUCAAGAUAAACAGCGAGCCGGUGAUUCUUCCUUACGUCCAUCCGGUGGAGCCACUCAUGAUAUACCGUUUCUCUGGCAAUUCCACAGUGAUCGAAUGGACCGGCCUCGUCCGUGCCCGAUACUCCCGCCAAGGCCUUCUAAACAUCACUCUGUCCACUCUCUUUUACAACACCACCUGUGGUCUCUGCGGUUUCUUCAACAAUGAUCCAAUCGAUGAUUUGCGUCUACCUAGUGGCAGGCAGGCUGAUACAGCCGACCAGUUUAUUGAAGGUUGGAGAGCCAUUGCGGACGAUUUGACCUGCAAUGGUGACUGUGAGGACUUAUACCGUAUGUGUACGGAUUUGAGGCUGUACCAGAGUCCGUGGCUGUGUGGAAACAUCAAUGACCCUGGAAACAGUUCGUUCCUGGCCUGCCACACGGCUGUUAACCCCUCUCCGUUCUUCAGGAACUGUCUCUACAACAUGUGUGUUCGAGAGGGAAACCGUUCAGCCCUGUGUAACUCCCUGCAGGCUUAUGCCUCAGCUUGCCAGGACGCUCAGAUCAGCCUGGAGGCUUGGAGGAGUUCGACCAAUUGCCCUCUACCCUGUCCUGAGAACAGUCAUUUUGAUGACUGUACAUCUGCAUGUCCACUCACUUGCUCCAACCUGGACGAACCCGAGGAGCCGUGCCCGCUUCCGUGCUCUGAGGGAUGCCAGUGCGAGGAGGGCUACGCCCUACGCGACGGCUUCUGCGUGGCUCGCAGCGACUGCGGAUGCUUCUACUUGGGUCGUCAUUUAGCCACCAACGAGACCUUCUGGACAGAUUGGGAGUGCCAAGAGCGCUGCUUCUGCAAUGGCACAGACAACAGUGUUUACUGCACCUUUUCACCCUGCCCCCCAGAGGAGUACUGCCAGGAGAACGACGAUCUGUUUUUCUGUCAGCCAAGGACAGAAGCCAUGUGCGUUGUUGCUGGAUACGGACACUUUUUGCCAUUUGGAGGCGUUCCAUUUGACCUCCAGAGCAGCUGCACUCUUCGGCUGGCCACCACUGAGUGUGGAGAAGGGGACGAGGACGGAUUUGGGGGAAUGGACAGUGGAGAAGAGGUUCCAGGUGGACUUCCUAGGUUCCAGAUGUCGGUUCGGAGUGAGGAGAGAGACACCGGUCAAGCUAUAUGGGUACGGGGAUUCGUACUGGAGGUUUACGGAUAUGAGAUUGAGGUGUCUCGAAGUUUCAAGCACACAGUCACGGUGAAUAAGGAGCGUCUCUAUCUGCCUAUAAAACUUGGUCCUGGGAAGGUUAACAUCUAUUCUCUUGGUCUCCAGUUACUUGUGGAGACAGACUUUGGCUUGAAGGUGGCCUUUGACUGGAACACUCUCUUGCACUUCACUCUGCCUCGCAGUCUCUUCAACGCCACCUGUGGGCUCUGUCAAGGAGUGCCCAUUUCUGGCCCUGUCCUCAGUGUCAGUGAAUGGGGCGUGGCAUGGUCCGACCGUGACACCUUCUGCCAGGUUGGAUGCGGUGACUCUUGCCCUCGGUGUGGAACGGCCGACAGAGGCCUUGCUGCAGAGGUCGCCGCACCUGCUCAAGUAACCGAUGCUGUUGGUAACAUUGACGUGGACGGUAACCCCGGAAACCGCUUCCAUCUCUCCGAAGGGUUGUAUGCGUAUGUGGAACCCGAGGCGGUGAGAUUGUGUGGACUUAUUAUAGACCGUGGAGGAGUGUUCGCUCGCUGUCACAGCAAAGUAGCGCCGGCAUACUUCUACCAGAGCUGUCUGCAAGACACGUGCGUGGAUCAAGGUGCAAAAGAGACCAUCUGUAAUUGGCUACAGAUUUAUGCCAGCACCUGUCAGACACAGGGAGUGUCCAUCACUGCCUGGAGAAGUUCAACACCUUGUGUGUUGUCGUGUCCCAUGAACAGUCACUAUUCCAGCUGUAUGAUGGUGUGCCAGCCCCAGUGUGCCCCUGCACGUGGACAGAGAGACUGUAACCAGUAUUGUGUCGAGGGAUGCCAGUGUGACCAGGGCUAUGUGCUCAACGGUAAAAGCUGUAUCCUCAGUCAAAACUGCGGAUGCUACACAGAUGGUAAAUACUAUGAGCCAAAGCAGUUGUUCUGGAACAGCGACUGUACCAAACGCUGUCAGUGUAUUGGACGGAAUCUCAUACAGUGCGACCCGCGCCGAUGUAAAGCAGAAGAGGAGUGCAUUCUGCGUCACGGCGUGCGAGGCUGCUUCGCCCGCCGUAACCAGCACUGCGUGGCAUCAGGCGGUGGCGUCUUCCGCACUUUUGAUGGUGCAUCCCUUCGUCUCCCCGCCUCUUGCUCCUUUGUCCUGUCAACCAUCUGCCACAAGCUCCCAGAGUUAUCAUUUCAGCUCAUUGCCAAUUUUGACAAGUGGAGUACGCCCAACCUGACCACCAUCUCCCACGCUUACCUCUACAUCAAUGAGGAGAACAUUCUCAUCUCUGGAAACACAGUCAAGGUAAAUGGAACGCCGGUUUCUGUACCUUUCGUCACAGGUCUCAUGACGCGAGUGUCCACGUCAGAGGGAUUUCUGGUGAUCGACACGCCGCAGGACAUCCAGGUGCGUUACAACCGUUUCAACACGCUGAGCAUCACCAUGGGUCCACGACUCCAGAACAAAGUGUGCGGACUGUGCGGGAACUUCAACGGGGACCCCACAGAUGAUUACAUCACGUCUCGAGGCAAAGCUGCCCUUAGUGCUCUGGAACUGGCACAGAGCUGGAAGACCAACGGCAUGCAAAACAGCUGUGAUGAGACUCAGUAUGUGGCUUUGGCUCAGUCCUGUGAUAAUUCGGCCGUCUCGGAGCUUCAGGCCGAGGACAACUGCCUGAAACUCACAGAUCUGAAAGGUUUCUUCCAACCCUGCCACGGCCUGCUGGACCCCCACCCCUUCUACCAGUCUUGCUACCUGGACGGGUGUUACAACCACCGCAAAGCCCAGGUGUGCGGCUCCAUGGCGGCCUAUGCUGAAGCCUGCCGAUCAUUCGGCACACUCACUACCAAGUGGAUCGCCCAGGAGAACUGCUCAGAAUGGAUCUAUGACCCCUGCGCAGGAGAGAUUUGCUCAAACACCACAUGUGAGCAGGAGAAUGGUGGAGAUCUGUGCGGCUGUCCUGAGCUUCCCAGCACUGAUUUUAAUGAAGAUGACAUCAUACAGGCCGAGGUGACCUGUAAGCAUGCUCAGAUGGAGGUGUCCAUCUCCAAGUGUCGUCUGUUCCAGCUGGGCUUCGAGAGAGAGGACGUGCGAAUUAAUGACCAGCACUGCGCUGGUAUCGAGGGAGAGGAUUUCAUCUCAUUCCACAUCAAUAACACCAAGGGACACUGUGGCUCUAUUGUACAGUCGAACGGAACACACAUUAUGUACAAGAACACGGUGUGGAUCGAGAGCGUGAACAACACGGGAAAUGUGGUGACACGUGAUAAGACCAUCAACGUGGAGUUCUCCUGUGCUUAUGAACUGGACAUAAAGAUCUCCCUGGAGACCGUCUUAAAGCCCAUGCUCAGUGUGAUCAACCUCACCUUGCCUACUCAAGAGGGUAACUUCAUCACAAAGAUGGCCCUAUACAAGAACUCUUCGUACCGGCAACCGUACCGUGAGGGAGAGGUUGUUCUGAGCACCAGGGAUGUUUUGUUCGUGGGGGUGUUUGUGGAAGGAGCCGAUGAUAAACAGCUUAUUCUCAUUGUCAACAUGUGCUGGGCGACGCCAUCUCGACACAGCAGCGAUCGCCUCCGUUACAUUAUCAUAGAGAGAGGAUGUCCGAACAUCAAGGAUAACACUAUAGGCAUGGCCGAGAAUGGCGUGUCACUCACCUGCCGCUUUCACGUCACCGUCUUUAAGUUCAUCGGCGAUUAUGACGAAGUGCAUUUGCACUGCGAUGUUACACUGUGCGAUUCUGAAACCAACGCCUGCAAAGUGAAUUGCCCUCAUAACAAACGCAGUUACAUGGAUUACAGUCAGCAUAAAGAACAGAUCUUGUCAGUGGGACCAAUCAGAAGAAGAGAUUCAGACUGGUGUGAAGAGGAUAAUGGUGGAUGCGAGCAGAUCUGCAGUAGUCAAAUAACUGGUGCCGUGUGCAGCUGUGUGACUGGAAUGCUGCAGAGAGACGGCAAGAGCUGCAGAGUCACCAGUACGAGCGCUGAUCUUCGACCCCUGGUUGCCCUGGUAGCCGUCGUCGCAGGCGUCAACAUUUUACUUCACACGCACACCUCGGUUUUCUUCUCUUAAUGCCCAACCAGCAAGGCCAAGGGAGAGUGAGGAGCAUACAGACCAACGGGAGGAGAAACGCAACACAGAGCCAAUGACGGCAUGCGAUGACCCGGCAGCCCCGCAGAAAGGACCGCCUUCAUCGCAGCCAAAACUGUGAUCAAUUACAACCAGGCGAUCCUUCACCAGGAUAGCGCAGACGUUAAACAACAAGUCUCGGUCUAACAUGAUAAACCCUUCAAACCUGAAAGAACCCAGACGUCAGCUCUUAUCUUUGGCGUAACAUCUAAACACCGGCGACUGAAUAUUUCACAGACACUAAUGACAGAUUAGAUAACAUUUUACUUUCUAGAUGAUCAAUUCAAUUCUCGAAUCACCAAAAUGUGAGAGCAUGUGUUGCGAGAAUGGAUGAUGAUUCUCAACACCAGUUUGUCUUUUAUUUAGUUGAUUUGAUGAAAUGAUGAAAUGCAUACCUUCUCCUGCUCUUAUUCUCAAUAUGCCAUUUUCUUUCUUAUUUAAACCCCAUUUUUGCCAUAUCGAAGUAUUGCUGAGAUCAACAAUGCCAACCAACAUUUGCAUAUUCCUGUGGAUAAGAUUGAGCGCCAACACACAAAUGUUCUUAAAGCUUCACUUAUUUAAGCUGUAUAUAAUAAACCUUGUUUGAUGGAUGUGAACAUUUUCACCCUGUACUAUUAAUAAUCAAUGUACUGUAUGAAUCAUCUUUAUGAUCAUCAACUUUGAUGCAGUUUAGCCCGGCAGUAUCAACUUGAUGAAGUUGAUAUUAAAGGGAUAUUUCACCCAAAAUGAUGUCAUGAUGUACUCACUCUCAUGUCGUUUUAAACAUGUAUGACUUUCUUUCAUCUAAACUGGCCCCCAUUUGACUUCUCAAAAUAUCUUCUUUUGUGUCAUAGACAGGUUUCGAAUGACAUGAGGAUAAAUAAAUAAAUGAUGACUGAAUGUUUAUUUUUGGGUGAACUCUCCUCUUAAAGAGAUAGUUCAGCCAAAAACUCAAAAUUUGCCGUUUAUUUACUCACACUACAUCAUAGAUGUAGGUGACAUUUUUUCUUG